GACAUCAAUUCAUUUUAUUCAAUUUGGGAUUCGAAUUACAAUUAAUAUAAAACUUACAAAGUUUGGGUUUACUUUUGCCAUAGCCUAAAUCAUAAUUCUUCCACCAUUGCAAUACAAUGCUUCUGGCGGUACUGUAGAAGUAGAACGCGCUCAUCUUUCUGAGAAGCUUACCGGAAAGCUUAGGAAGAUUAGCUCCGACAAGUCAAUUUAUAUUUCCUGCUCAGUCCAGUAAAAGCAAGAAAACAUUUUCCUGGAAAAUAGAGAAGAAAAGAAGAUGAACAGUACAUCACCAGCUCAUUCAUCAGUAUCAACAACAGCAAUCGUUGGAGGCGGCGGUAGCAAUGCCGCUUUGGAAGAUUUUCAUUUCCCUUCCGAUCUUAUAUCUAUCCAAGACCGCAAGGAAGAAGCUAUGCUUGUUCUGAAAGCUGAUUUGAUGGCUGCACUUAACAAAGAGGUUAAAUCCUUGGAUGAAGAUAAUUGGAAGUUUGAAGGACCUCGUUCACGCAUCAACCUUAUAUCAAGGCCUGGUGGAUUUCUAAACAAGAAGAUGGAAAUAACAAAGAAUAGGAACAUAGCUCCACCGAAGUAAAUUGGAUUUUUCAGACAGGUCACAUAUUUCAUCUGCUGCCUCUGAGAAAUCUGUUCUGCUGCUGCUGGCAAGACUAAAGCUGUUUUGUUGCUGAACUUCAAAAUGAGUGGCAUAUAGUUGUUAGGCUGCAGAGCUACUAAAUCUGUUACUUAAACAGGAUCUUAAAAAUUUUCUUUUUAAUUGUUUUGCAACAUGAGUUAUUAAUGAUAUGCCAUUGUAGUGCCCA